GCCCGUGGGUAUGACGAAUUUACCCUGCGACGUUCGACUGAACGUAGCCGGCUGGCUGCUAUUUUAUGUUGUUUUUGUGUGUGCUAAGCAACAAACUGGACUGUUUCCUCAUCUCAAAAAAGUUCCAUCCACAGGAUGAUUGACACAGAGAGGGGAACUGAUGAUACUGGUGCUGCAGAGCCCAGCAGUAAGACCAAAGAGACAGAAAAGAAGAAACGGUCUCGAGUCAAACAGCUGCUGGGUGAUGUGAAGAAGCAGGUGGAGUUCUGGUUUGGAGAUGUCAACCUUCACAAGGACCGCUUUCUGAGAAAACUCAUAGAUGAGUCAGAUGAUGGAUAUGUUGACAUAUCUGUGUUGGCGAGCUUCAAUCGAAUGAAGAAGCUGACAACUGACACUAAGCUGAUUGCGAGGGCGCUGAAAAAUUCAUCUGUAGUUGAGGUGAACUUGGAAGGCAAUAAAGUACGGCGUCAGCUUCCAGUUGGAGACAUACCAAAUGAUACAGACAGCCGCACAGUCUAUGUGGAACUUUUGCCCAAGGAUGUGACUCACAGCUGGAUAGAAAGAGUCUUCACAAAAUGUGGGAAUGUGGUUUAUGUCAGCAUCCCCAGAUACAAGUCUUCAGGUGACUCCAAGGGUUUUGCGUUUGUUGAGUUUGAGAAGGAGGAACAAGCACAGAAAGCCAUAGAGAUGCUGAAUAACCCCCCUGAAGAUGCUCCAAGGAAACCAGGGAUUUUCCCCAAGACGAAAAGUAGGAAGCCUCUUCCUCUGCCAGCUGACAAUCCACCAUCAGGUGAAGAAGAGGAGAAGAAAAAGAAAAAGAAGAAAAAAAAGAAAGAAAGUUCAGCAGCACCAGUGGCUGCAGAAGAAGCCAAAGAGCAGGCGAUGGAUGCAGAGCCAUCAGAGCACAAGAGGAAGCACCAGGCAGUGGGGGAUUUUGAACCAGACAUAGCCAGUGCUCAGAAGACGCUGGGCAAAUUGUCAGAGAAAAAAAGACGAAGGUCACAAACAGUAGAAGGCUCAGAAAGUGACAUACCGUCUAAGAUAAGAAAAACCAGUGAAAGUGAAUCUGGAGAAAAAAAGGAUGCAGCAAAGACUGAUCAGUCCACUGAAAAUGACACAGAGAGACUUGUGGAGGAAGGGAAAGAAAACAGGGAUGAUUCAACAGUUAAAGCAAAGAGGAAGAGAAAGAAGAAACACAAAGAAAAACUGAAAAUUGGUGAAGAGGUCAUCCCACUACGAGUUCUAUCAAAGAAAGAGUGGCUUGAGCUGAAGGAGGAGUAUUUGACCUUGCAGAAGCGCAGCAUGGCGUCCCUGAAGAAGUGUAUCAGUAAGAUUGAUCACAAGGAGCACAAGAGUCUCAUGGAGACGGAGACUGAUGCUCAAGAUGGAAACACUGAGAAGAGUAACAAAAGUGAAAAAGCAGCUAACCAGGGCCCUCAGUUUACCAGUGGUGUCAUCAUGAAGAUUACAGACAACAAGCCACUACCAGGGAGGAAGAUCCUUAAGGAUGCCUUGUGCAAAAUAUCACCAGUGGCGUACAUUGACAUCUUGGAGGGAGAUGCUGAGGGUCACAUCCGCUUUCACACCCCAGAGGACGCUAAAGCCGUUAGUGACGUCAGAGCAGAGCUACAGAAAGAACAUAGCUGGAAACUUGAAAUUCUCUCAGGUGACCAUGAACAAAGGUACUGGCAGAAGAUCCUAGUGGACCGCCAGGUCAAGUUGAAUCGUCCGAGAGAAAAGAAGCGUGGUACAGAGAAGCUCAUAUCCAAAGCAGAAAAAAUCAUCAUUGCCCGGGCCAAGGAGGCUAAUAAACACAUCCGUUUCCAAGAGGACUGACCACUGCCGAAAACAUUUUUUUUAACAACUGUGCACAUUUAACUCCGUAGACUUUACAUUAUGUGAUUUGAAGGGGACAGUCGGUAUAUUUGUGUAUUUAGCUGGAAGAGAACUGAAAGAGGACUUGAACAACAGUAAAUUAGUCAAAAUGUCCCCUUAUUUUUUGUUUACACUGGAGCCCCUAAAAUAAUGUGGAGUGCUGCUAUGCAUAUUGACAUCUUGGCAACAUUUUUAUUUGAUUUUUUUUUUUUAAUUGAUAACCUUUUUAAAAAAGCAAAAACUCUGUAUAUGAUGUAAAUAUAACUGAUUUGAAGGUUCUCCCAGUCAAUAAUUAUUCCUUAUGAGUUAUAUUUGCCUUUUUGUUUUUUAAAUAAAAUUUCAUCAUAUGGUUACGCUA